ACCAUGGCUGUGACUAGACCUCUGUUCGUUUGCGUCGUCUUAGCCCUCGUAUUGGGCAUACAAGCAAAAAAUUGCCCUGCACCAUUUACAUCUGUGGGAAACAAGUGCUAUUAUGUGUCAUUAACAAAGGAAAACUGGCACGCGGCUGAUCGUACCUGUCGAAAGUUCGGAGGAGAUCUAGCUGUUUUUGAAAAUGAUCAGGAUAAAACCCUGACAACAGAAUACCUAAAGAGCUUGGGGCUUCCUUUCACCGAUAGUUGGCGCCAUUCCGUUUGGCUUGGUAUCAACUGCUUGGGAAAUCGUCGCAAUUUUCGCUUGUCCAAGACUGGCGAUAUUGCUACCUACAUGCCUUGGGUGCCCUAUGAGCCAGACAAUUCUUCUCCAGAAGAGGACUGUGUGGCCUUCGCCAACUAUAACCGGGCUUUCGGCUACAUUGAUAUUGAGUGCGACAAACUGUUUCCCGUUUUGUGUGAAUCACAAGCUGCUGAUGACUACCUCUGGCUCAAGAAAGAGAACUCCAAAAUAAUAAUAAUUGCAUAAAGUCCUUCCAAUUUGGCAUCCGAACCUCAAGAUAACCUGUAGGAAAAAAAAAACUUAGCCACAAUUUUUUUUGUCGCGAUUUUUAAAAAUAUUUUCGGUUCUUGCAUUUAUUAUCCACAGAUUUAUUGUACAUUUACGACCUAUUAAGGGCCAGGGAUCCUACGCAUUCACAAAAGGACAGUGCUUGGCAUACGGCACAUCGAUGCAAAUGCAGCCACGGGCGCUGAAAGUCAACCGAUUAAAAAUGAACGUACAUUUAA